AUGAGGAAGCCCGCAGGAAGGCGGCCCCCGCUAGAGGACUCUCCAGGUCUGCCUAGAGCUCUGCUCAUUCUCUCGAUUUUCGUUUUCCUUUUCCUCUCUCUCUCGGCCGCCGGAGGCGCCACGGCGCGCCGCUGCUGCCGAGCGCCCCAGUCCCGUCGGCAGCGCCCGAUGCCGCCCCGGCACGCUGCACUCGGCGCGUCGCUCCUGUCGUGGCUGUCGCGUCAGGGCUCCACUUCCCUGGGCUUGCAGGGGUCGCGCCAGGCGCCUGCCGCGAACGGCGUCGUGUGUCAGCAUGUGCCUCCCUCCUGGCCUCGCCCAACCGACGAGUCUUCUCCGCGUGCCUCUCUUUCUUCGGGGCUGGCUCGCCGACGCCGCACCGCGCCGAUCGCGUCCGUUGCGCCUCCGACUUGCGCGGAGCUUCCCCGUGGUUGUCCUUCCGUUCCCUCGGUCUUGGCCGCCGCGACGGUUUGCCCUCUGCGGUGCGCCCGCCUGAUGAGCGCGUCUUCGUUUUUUGCUUCGUUUCUGGAUGCCUCAGCGGUGUUUUUCAGGCUUCGUGCUGGUGUGGAUCGUGCCUCAUGUUGCUGCGCCCCGCUUCGUUUUCCGCGGGCGCCUGAGUCUGGUUUCGCUUCGUUGGCUCGCUCCCUCUUGACCUCUCGGCACUCGAGUCCCCGCGCCUCUCCAAGCCGCGGAGAGUCUGGUUCGCGGGAGUCGGCCUUUGCGUUUUCCGCCUGCUCGCCAGGUCUGUCGCCCGCGCACCGCCCCUGGUCGCGAGCGGCGCGCGCCGCGUCUCCGUCGCUCUCACUCUCUCCGCCGUCUUCGUCCCGCCUGGCGGCCGCGGGUGUCGCUGCCGAUGAGGCUAUCGGCGCGCUGUUGCCGCGCAUUCCGCCCCUUUCGUCGCUCCUCGCGCGCCACGCCGCAGCCCUGCCUUCGUCCAGCGCACCUGCGGCCGCGUCGCCCUUCGGCACUGCCUCGCGCCUGUCCUCCGAGGGAGGCAAUCGAGCGCGCGUCGCGGCGCUCGCGGGCGCAGGCAUCCAGUUCUACGUGAACCUGCUCACCAAGGAGCUACGCGUCGCGGUCGCAGCCCUGAAGAACUUCCCAGACAAGCUGCGGCAGCAACGCAGCUCGCUCGCGGCUUACAUUCGGGCACUGCUUCUCCUCGUGAUGCGCGAAGAGCGGCAGUUGCUCGGGUCGAAGCGCGAGCGGAAGCGGGUUCGACUGGCGCAUCAGCUUGUGGAGAUGCAGCGCGAGGCGCGCGAGAGGAAGGCAAGGAGGACGGAGGCGGAGACGAGGGGGAGAACGGGACGCCGCGACAGGCACGGCCACAGCGAGGCGAGGCAUGGCAUCAAAGCCCGCAAGCGAGCGGAGGAAGAGCGAGUUCAAGAGCAACUGGAGCUCCUUGAAAGAGAGAAGAAUCUCGUCGAUGCGAAGCAAGGCCUCCCCAGCGUGCCGCGAGUGUAUGAACAGCUCAAGGCCCUGUACGUCGACCUCGUGUCCACCGGUAAAGGCUACGCGGCGCAGGCGAGCGCCGCGCGAAGUGUCGCGGAGGCGCAUGAUCGCUACCGCGAUGGCCUUCGCAGCUUGCGCGAAGUCCUAGCCUUGCACCGCGAGACACUCCUCGACUAUCAACUUCUCUCUUCGUUCCUCAAGCGCCACGUCGAGGAGCGAUGCGCCCUCCAGCGUCUCUCACCGACGAAGCCAAAGGCGAUGAUUGUGGGUGCGCCGAACGUCGGAAAGACGUCUCUCUUUCUCGCGCUGGUCGCCGCCAACUCGCACGCGCACGAGGAGGCGCGGCGGCGGCUCAACGAGGCGGUUGCCACCAGUCUCUCCGCGGACGCCCCCCCCCGGUCUGCGCCCGCCGCGCCGGCGCCCGUGCAGUCUCCGUCACCGGCGUCGCCUUCCCGCACUUCCUCUCCAACUGCAAACGAAGGUACCCUGGACGGCAGCGGGGCGGGCGCGCGAGGCGCAGGCGACGAGGCGCCGCAGGCCAAGCGGAAGCUCGACCUCGUGCGAGAGCGAUUCGCGAAGCUUCGCGAGGACGGCAAAGAGGCCUGGGAGGCUGGGCCGCUGCCGGACCCCGAGGAGCUCCUCAGCGAAUGCGGACUGCACGGAGACCUCGAGGGGGACGACCGCGGAGUCGCAGACGAAGCCGACGCGCCCGCGCGCGUCGAGGAAGACCAGGGAGAGGUGACAGAACAGAAAGCAGAGGGAGGUGACGCGACAUACGUAGCCGAGCGCCUCUCCACGCUUCACAGCGAUGCCAGCGGGGCUGCCUCUGGGACGCUGCCGGAUGCGUCGGGCGCGCCGUGGGCGUUGCUGCCGAGCGCGCAACUCGAGGGCGAGGCGAUGGAAGUGGGGCGGCGCUUGGCGCUGCACGCGGCGGACGAGCUUUCGCGCUCAGCCGAUGCUAAAGGCGAUCUUCCAGACGCUGCACACGUCAGUCCUUUUGCGUUCUCCACGCAGAGCUUGCACGUUGGAAAGAUCUUCGAACGGAUGCCGACAAACACCUACAAAGCCAUGGGACAGAUCCUAGACGGCCCGCCUCUGCUGCUGCCGCGGUCCGACAGGGAGCGCAACGUCUACGAGCGCCUGACGCUCAUGACGCUCUCGCAUCUUCCCUGCGCGGUUUUUUUCCUCUUUGAUUGCUCAUCGCUCCCCCGAGCGCCCUCCGCCGCGCGCUCGGAAUCCGCCGGGCUCGGGGCUGUAGCCGCUGAACCUGAACGCAAAGAGGCAACGGACGAAGAACGGAGUGGAGCUGCUGCGAAGGCGUGUGAGGCGGGUUGCGUUGAAGACGCGCCAGAUGCCGAGACGGGCGGCGAGAAGCGGGCGAAUGCGGCUCUGAAAGACGAAAAGUCAAAGUGCCCGCUGAGCCUGGAAGAGCAACUUCAUCUCCGGCAGCAAUUGAGAGCGCGCUUCCCUAAACGACCGUGGAUCGACGUGAUUGCGAAGGCUGACGAGCUAAACUUGUUUCAGCUUGAAGCUGCCAAGAAAAAACUCCCGCCGUGUCUGCUGCUCUCUACGCAUCGAUCGGCGACAUCCCUCAUGGAGCUGCAGAGGCACCUUCGCCUCGCGCUCAUGCAGCUGCGGCGGGCGAGGGACGAUCGUGAGAGGCUGCAGCACGCGCAGCGAACACUGGAGAGACGAGCUGAGGACGACGCGCGACAGCGAGAAGAGGCCUCUCACGUCGAAGCCGUGCUGAGAAAGCUGACCUCGAGAAAGCGAGGGCGUGAACAGAAAGGGCGCUGA